AUGUCAAUUAAGCUAGUUAUUGGAGGGUCUUCUUGGAAUAUUAUUAGUGUGUAUGCACCCUAUGAAGGCUUGGAUGAUGAAGAGAAGAAGAGAUUUUGGGAGGAUUUGGAUGAGAUGGUGAGGUGUGUCCCUAGUAUUGAAAAGCUUUUCAUAGGAGGAACUUUCAAUAGGCACAUAGGGUCUUCUUCAGAAGGUUAUGAUGAUGUGCAUAGAAAACAUGGGUUCGGUGAAAGGAAUGUUGAAGUAGUGGCACUUUUGGAUUUUGCAUGGGUGUUUCAUUUGGUGGUAGUUAAUUUGAACUUUUCCAAGAAGGAGGUUCACUUGGUUACAUUCUGUAGUCCGGUGGCCAAGACUUAG